UUGGGGCUGCAAUACUCUUUCCUGGCAUAUCUAGUUUAAGUGUGCUGUUAAAGCCCAGGACUGGGUCCAAUUUUACAGAGCCAAAAACCUCAAUGUUAACUCCCUCCAACUGCUCCCUCCAGGUUUUCUUGUUUGGUUUGGGGUUUGAUUUUCUUUUUCCACAAGGUUCUUAAGUGCUAACAAAUCCCUGUAGAUUCCAUUUCCCUUGGCCUGUUGCAUUGGUGGGAUAGCAAGCAGUCUUUAAACUGCACAGAUUUUGUAGAGCCUAGUGAAUGACUAUUCCCUUCCUCCUGUCUUCCUUGGAGAGAGACACGGAAACAAGAAUCCACCAGGUCAUGCAGGAGCGCGCAUUCAUCUCCAGGCUCUUGUUUCCUCCUUUCAGCUUCCUGGUGCACGAGGAACUCUGGCUCGUGAUGGAAUACAUGGACGGAGGUUCCUUACACGAUGUCAUCAGGGAGACCAGGAUGGCAGAAGGAGAGAUUGCAGUCGUCUCUCGGGAGUGCCUGCAAGGCCUGGAUUUCCUUCACUCCCAUCAAGUCAUCCACCGAGACAUCAAAAGCCACAACAUUCUCCUGCGCUUGGACGGAUCUGUCAAGCUGGCUGAUUUUGGACUCGCUGCUCAGCUCACGGCUGAGCAGAGCAAACGGAGAUCAGCUGUCGGCACUACUUACUGGAUGGCGCCAGAGAUUUUCACCAGGAAGCCCUAUGGCCCCAAAGUGGACAUUUGGUCCUUUGGCAUCGUGGGCAUCGAGAUGGUGGAAGGAGCGCCUCCUUACCUGAUGAAAACCUCCCGCACGGUUGGACAGCUGAUCAGCACCGGGGGCACCCCGAAGCUGCAGAACCCCAGGCAGCAGUCCCCUUGGCUGCGAGACUUUCUGCGCUGCUGCCUGCAGACAGACGAGGACAGGCGCUGGUGUGCCCCGGAACUUCUGCAGCAUCCGUUUGUAACCUCAGCCAAGCCGACCUCCAGCCUGACGCCUCUGAUCGUGGCAGCACAGCAGUUCAUGGCCGACAGGAGAUACUAG